AUGGCGGCCAUCAGCAGAAAAGAAGUGCUGAGGUUGUUGUCCCGGUUUGGAGCGAUUAUUUUGACCCGAUUUGGGUUUUGGAACUGUUUCAGUAUGCUGAUGUUGUUUGCAGAGCGGGCGGAUAUUAAAAGAAAGCCUGAUAUCCAGGUGCCCUAUUUGUAUGUUGAUAUGGGAGCUGCUGUGCUGUGUGCCAGCUUCAUGUCCUUUGGCGUAAAGAGGAGGUGGUUUGCACUUGCUGCUGCCUUGCAGUUGGCUGUCAGCACUUACGCUUCAUACAUUGGAGGUCAGGUUCACUAUGGUGAUUGGCUGAAGGUGCGAAUGUAUUCUCGGGCCAUUGCUGUCAUAGGUGGUUUCCUUGUACUGGCCAGUGGAGCAGGGGAAGUGUAUCGGCAGAAGCCCCGCACCAGGUCCCUGCAGUCUACCGGACAGGUCUUCUUGGGGAUCUACUUGAUCUGUGUGGCAUACUCCCUCCAGCACAGCAAGGAGGAUAGGAUGGCCUACCUGAACCACAUCCCUGGUGGGGAGGUCACCCUGCAGUUGCUAUUUGUGCUAUAUGGGGUGCUGGCCCUCUCCUUCCUCUCGGGCUACUAUGUGCGACUGGCCGCCCAGAUCCUGGCCACCCUGCUGCCACUAGUGGUGUUGUUCAUCGAUGGCAACAUCGGGUACUGGCACCACACCCGACGUGUGGAGUUCUGGAACCAAAUGAAGCUGAUCGGGCAGAAUGCAGGGAUCUUUGGGGCGGCGCUGAUCCUGGCCACCGACGGCUGAGUAUGCUGGUCCUCAGGAGCGCAGCAGCCCGUCCAGAGAGGGGAGGGCAGGCAGGUGUCCCGGGGAGGGGGGUGUGGGCAGCCACCAUGUCACCGCCAUCCUUUUAGCCCUAAAGACUGAACCAGGCAUUCGGGGUGGGGAUGUGGGUUGGAUGGGAGGGGUGAUCUCUCCUCGGACCACUCUGCCAUUGGGUGCUCAGCCUCCCCUCUGUCCUUCUGUGCAGCUUACCUUCUUCACGCAAAAUACAGGGAGCCCUGAUUUUCAUAAUCUUGAAAAUAAAAAUAUAAUGUUUACAUGUUUUUUUAAAAAAUGUA